AUGGUAUUCUCGGUAGUAGACAGCAAAUUCGACUCAGCUUUUGUGUCUGCAUUGAAGGUUAUGAAGAAGGCCCAAACUUUCUUAGUUUGUAUGGAGGCAAUAGGGAUAAUGCAAUCGCCGAGGUUUUGCAUUAUUUUUGGAAUAAAGAGUUGGUUAUUUUUACAAAAAUCAUUAGACAAUCAGGCAACCGGAUUUAGGAAGAUUCGAAAUUUGCGUGAUUUGGCUUUGUCUGUUCAAUUAUUUACUAACACAGACACUGCUAGUUUUGUUAUCCCAUUAUUAAUAUUAUUAUUUUCUUUAUUAUUCCAACGCAAUAACACUAAGCUUUAUCGUUUCUUUAUGCAGUCCUUCCUUACUGCAUUACUUUUUGCGUAG